AUGACUGUUAAGCAAAAGCCAAACUUCAUUGUUGUUGUAGCCGACGACUUGGGCUUUACUGAUUUGAGCCCUUUUGGAGGAGAAAUCGAGACUCCAAACCUACACAAGUUAGCUCUCAAUGGCCUUAGAUUCACUGAUUUCCAUACUGCUUCGGCUUGUUCACCAACCAGAUCAAUGCUUCUCUCUGGUACUGACAACCAUAUUGCCGGGUUGGGUCAAAUGGCCGAAUUCGCCAGGAACCAUCCUCAGCUUUUUGCAGGCAAGCCAGGCUACGAGGGUUACUUGAAUUAUAGAGUCGCCGCUUUAUCUGAGAUUUUGGAAGAUUCUGGCUACUAUACUUUCCAAAGUGGUAAAUGGCAUUUGGGUCUCACUGAGGACUAUUGGCCCUCUAAGAGAGGAUUCCAGAAAUCUUUCACUUUGUUACCGGGCGCCGGCAAUCACUACAAGUACUUUCCCAUUGAUGAGGAAAAUGGUGGGCCAGCUAAGUUUAUGGCUCCGCUCUUCCAGGAGAACGGCGUGAGCCUUGAUCCUUACGGCCUCCCCGAUUCCUAUUACAGCAGUGAUUACUUUACGGACAAAUUUUUGGAGUUUUUGGGUGACGACAAGAAAAGAGAUCAGCGUCCAUUCUUCGGCUUCUUGACCUAUACUGCCCCUCAUUGGCCUUUCCAAGCCCCAGAGGAUGUGGUUGCCAAAUACAAGGGUAAAUAUGAUGGUGGUCCCGAGGAUUUAAGAAGAAAGCGUCUAGACAAGGCUUUAGAAUUGGGAAUUAUUCCCGAUGGAGUGAUUCCUCACGAAGUUGUCACUCAGAGAAACAAGGCAUGGAAGGAUUUGACUGAUCACGAGAAGAAGGUCGAGAGCCGCAUUAUGGAGACCUAUGCCGCCAUGGUCGACAUUGUGGACCAAAACCUUGGCCGUGUCAUCGACCAAUUGGAAAAGACUGGUGAGAUUGACAACACUUUCAUUCUAUUCAUGUCCGACAAUGGUGCCGAGGGGAUGAUGAUGGAGGCUCUUCCACUCAGCAACGCUAACUUCACCAAUGCCAUUGAGAAGUACUACGACAACAGCUACGAUAACAUUGGUAAAAAGAACUCCUUUGUUUGGUAUUCAGAUCAAUGGGCUCAGGCUGCCACAGCACCCGCAUACAUGUACAAGAUGUGGGCUAGUGAAGGUGGUAUUCGCUGCCCGUUGAUUAUCCACCACCCCAAUGCUGUUCCUGAAAAGAAUAGAGGUAACGUGAAGCACGGUUUCGCAACUGUCAUGGACAUUCUCCCAACGAUUUUAGAUUUAGCGGAGGUAGAACACCCCGGUACAAAGUUCCGAGGAAGAGCUGUGGUCAAGCCUAAAGGCUUGUCUUGGAAGAAGUACAUUACCGGAGAGGCUGAUUUCGCCCACGACGAAAAUUCCGUGACUGGCUGGGAAUUAUUUGCGCAGCAGGCAAUCAGAAAAGGAAAGUGGAAAGCUUUGUAUAUUCCUAAGCCCAUGGGUCCAGAGAAGUGGCAGUUAUUUGACUUAAAAGCCGAUCCAGGCGAACGUAUUGAUCUUGCUGAGAAGGAGCCCAAGAUCCUCGAUGAAUUGCUCGACUAUUGGAGCCAAUACGAAGCUGAAACCGGAUUGGUUAAGUUUGGCGGCGAGAUUUAUCAAGACGCUCAAUACGAUCCAAAGGUGUUAUAUAAGUAA